AAUUUGGUCGCAAAAUUCGCGUGCGGUGCCGUUAAAGUGAAUAAUUUCGUUGUUAAAAGUUCUACUUUCCUGGUUAAAAUAGUGUUAAAGUGUUCCGCUAAGUGAGUAGCAUCAGGAGAAAGUCAAGUUUUACCGUUUCCAAUAUGAGCAAACGAAGGCGAAGCAGUUCCAUUUUGGAUGACGACGAUACUGAAGAUGAUAGCCUGCCGGAGCAGUCCCCAGCGCCAACCGGAGCAAGAAAGAAGAAGAAACUGGAUCCGGCGGAAGUUUGUCAGCAUCUGUACGAGUCACUUCGCACGUUCAAGAAAGAGGAUGGUACCACCUUGUGCGAUACCUUUAUCCGUGCUCCAAAGCGCCGACAGGAACCGUCCUACUACGAAGUGGUUGCCAAUCCGAUUGACCUGUUGAAGGUUCAGCAAAAGUUGAAAACCGAAGCGUACGAAGACGUUGACGAUCUGACGACGGAUAUCGAUCUGAUUGUGAAGAAUGCCAAGGCUUUCUACAAGCCGGAUUCACCGGAAUAUCAGGAUGCUUGCCAGCUAAUGGACGUUUUCAAUGCGAACAAGCACAAGUUGAUGGAAGGUAUGGAACAGGACGGCGGGGAGGUCAAACCGAGGAAGAUAACCAGACCUAGGAAGUCAAUGGCGAGGGAUGAUGAUACGGAUGGAGAUGAUCUAGAUCCGUACGAAGAACUGUUCAAUGCGGUCAUGACGGCAACGGAUGAGAAUAGGGAAUUGCACCGAAUGUUUCAGUUGCUUCCUUCGAAGAAAUUGUAUCCGGAUUAUUACGACGUCAUUGAUCAUCCGAUCGAUUUGAAGUGCAUUGCGGUUAAGAUUCAGACGAAUGCCUAUUCGAUUCUGAACGACAUGGAGAAGGAUUUGCUGCAGAUGAUCAAGAAUGCUUGCACUUUCAAUGAACCGGGAUCGCAGAUCUACAAGGAUGCGAAGAACUUGAAGAGGAUUUUUAUGAAUCGAAAGGUGGAGAUUGAAGCCGGACGCUACCGGAAGAGUGCCAAUAGGAAGGCCCGAACGGGUACCAGUUUGAGUGCCAUGGUGGCUGCCCUGAAGGAGGAAGCGGAGAGUUCCGAUGACGAGCUGGAUGAUUCUAUGGAUACCGAAGGUGAAGGGCCAUUGUGGCAGCUGUUCGAUCAACUGUACAACACGGCAAAUACCAAUGAUCCCAAUGCUGUAGGCGCACCGCUAGGAGAAACGCUGUGGAAGCUUCCAAACCGUCGGUUCCAUCCGGAGUACUACGCCACAACCAAGAAACCCAUCUCGAUGGGUCAGAUCCGGAACAAACUCAAGAAGGGACUGUACGCAAACGUGACCGACAUGAGUGCCGACCUGUACGUGAUGUUGGAUAAUGCCAAGAAGUCGAACCCGCAGAGCAGUAAGAUCUACAAGGACGCCGUCAAGAUGCAGAAACUGCUCAACCAGAAGCUAGUAGAUUCGGGAGAUCUCGAUGAUAGCGAAGACGAAAACGACACCGAUUCAUCAUCCCUCGCCGCUACUACGCCAGCGAAGAAAAGUGCACAAAAGAAGACACCUAGACCGCGUUCUUCGCUUGCCAUUGUUCAAUCUCCGCCACAUUCGGCGACUAGCACCCCAGUGGCUAAAUCCAGCAAUCGUCAACCGCAUGUCGGUAUGCUAAAGAAGAAACUCAUCUCGUUGCACAACUACAUGCUGGAAUAUACGGUCAAUGGGCGCCAACCAAUGGGACUGUUUAUUGAGAAGCCUUCGAAGAAGCUGUACCCGGAUUACUAUCAAAUCAUUCAGCAUCCCAUCGACAUGACCACCAUCGAAAAUUACAUCAAGAGCGAUCGUUACACUACGCUGGACGACAUCGUCGGUGAUUACCGGUUGAUGUUCUCCAACUGCCGGAAGUACAACGAGGAGGGUUCGAUGAUCUAUGACGAUGCCAACAUCCUGGAGAAGGCACUCAACGAGAAGCUUAAGGAAUUUUCCAGCAUCAGCAAACGGUUCAGUACACCGAAAGUGUCCAAGGCGAAGAACAAGCUUAACACGUUGGAAUCGAAGCUGAAGCACCUGUAUGACACCAUCCGCGAGUACCGGGAACCGAAAGCGAACCGGCAGCUGUCGUUCAUCUUUAUGAAACUACCGUCAAAGAAUGUAAGUGAAUACCCCGACUAUUACGACAUCAUCAAGAACCCUAUUGAUCUGGAUAGGAUCGAGCUAAAGCUGCGCAAGCAGAACUACGAAAGCGUCGAUGAUAUGGCUGGGGAUUUUAUGCUGAUGUUCGAGAAUGCAUGCAAGUACAAUGAACCCGAUUCGCAGAUCUACAAGGACGCUCUGUGCCUGCAGCAGUUGAUAAUUCAAACCAAACAGGCACUGCGGAGUGACGAAACCGUACCGGAUGUGCCUCAGGCGGUUCAGGAACUGUUGGUUUACUUGUUUACCACCGUGUACAACUAUCAGGACGAGGAGGGAAGGUGCUACUCGGACUCGUUGGCGGAACUGCCAGAACACGACGAGAGUCCCGAUGGAAGCAAGGUUCGAGGAAUUUCGUUGGAUUUGAUCAAGCGGCGGUUGGACAAAGGACUCUACAAGCGACUGGAUCUAUUCCAGGAGGAUAUCUUUUCCUGCCUGGAAAGGGCACGCAAGCUGAGCCGAACGGAUUCACAGGUUUUUGAGGACUCGAUCGAACUGCAGUCGUUUUUCAUCAAGAAACGGGACGAGCUGUGCAGAAACGGAAACGUGCUAGAGUCGCCUGCCCUCAGCUACAAUGCAAUGCACCUGAUGGCGGCCGUUGAAGCACUGAGGCAAACCAAACUGCUCGAGGAGGAAUCCGACUCCGAAACGGACACUACGCAAGCAUCGCAAGGCGAAAGUAUGACCAUCGAUCAGAAGGUAUUUUCCCCGGGUGAUUUCGUUUAUAUUGAUGUUCCGGAGAAUAAGAUCCCCGGCAUUAUGUACAUCGAACGUCUGUGGACCAACAGCGACAAUGUGAAGAUGAUGUACGGCAGUAUGUUGUUGCGUCCGUUCGAAACCUACCACGUACAAACGCGGAGAUUCAUGGAGAAGGAGGUGUUCCGAAGCGACCAACAUCAGGCCGUUCCCUUAUCGCAAGCCCAGAACAAGUGCUUCGUAAUGCAUGUAAAGGAAUACUUCAAGAUGCGUCCGGAAGGGUUCGCCGAUAAGGACGUAUAUGUCUGCGAAUCGUAUUACACCGUUAAGCGGAGGUGCUUCAAGAAACUGAAAACCUGGAACAUGAUUCGGGUUACCGAUCCGGUAAUGCUGAUUCCAAGGGAAUCCACGUUGGAAAUGAAGCGAGUCAUGUCGGUGUUUAAGGAACGUGUCGAAAAGCACAAGGAAGAACUUUCCGAACUGCAAAUGCAGGAGGCACUGGCGGAGAAGGAUAAACCCAACGUGGUCGUUUACGUCAACGGCGGAGAAGAGGGCAGUGUCUUCUUCGAGCAGUACAAUACAGUCUGCGGAGGGGUCGUUAAAACGGGUGAUUAUGUGUACGUCGCCACCGAGACGGGAAAACAAUCGGUGGCGCAGAUUCAGUCGAUUUGGGAAACGAAAGAUGGCAAAUCAUUCUUCCGCGGACCAUGGCUGCUGACUCCGCCAGAAGUUCCAGGCACUAUCAGUCGUUUGUUCUACCGUCAGGAGGUAAUGCUGUCGACCGUUCAGGAAACGACCCCGACGGUUGCUAUCGUCGGACGUUGUGCUGUUCUGGAGCAGUACGAGUAUGUGACAAGGCGACCCACCGAAAUCUCCGAGUCGGACGUGUACCUCUGUGAGUCGAUAUACGAUGAAAUGAAGAAGCAUAUUCGCAAGGCGGGUGUCCUGAAAAAGUUCACCCAUUCCCAGAUGGUGACAAUGGACGAAGUCUAUCACUUCCGACGUGCCAUCAAUCCACCGAAGGUGACCUGCGGUGAAAUCGCAGCUUUGCAGGAAAAUAGACCGAUUCCAUCGGCCGAUCUGGAAAUCAAGGACGAGUUCAGCAUCAUCGACGACUCGAUCGACGGUCCUCCUUCCAUUGGAUCGGAUGUGGUUGCCACGGCAUCGCCGGUUCCACCCAUUUCCAUGGGAACACCGCAGCCAUCGGGUAAGAAGGCUAAAAAGGAAGGCGGCAAAAAAUUGGUCACCGGCUACAUCCUGUACUCGAGCGAGCGUCGUAAAACCGUUAGUGCCAGUCAUCCUGAAGCAACGUUCGGCGAGAUCAGUCGUAUCGUUGGCAACGAAUGGCGCAACCUGGAGGAUGAGGAGAAAAGCUCGUGGGAAAAACGGGCCACCAAGAUGAACGAGGAGAACGCAGCGAGAUUUGUUGCGGAGAAUGGGGAGGCAAGUUGCCACAGCCCGGCGCCGACCAAAACGGACGGACCGAUUGUGCAGGAUAUUGUACCCAACCAUGUUUACGAAUGCUGCUGGGAGAAGUGUGACUACCAGUUCGAAGAUCCCUUCGAUUGCGUGGAGCAUUGCAUAACGGACGUGACCGGAUGCGUGUACAAAACAUUCAUGAAGAACGCAGACCAGGAGUUUGUGUGCAUUUGGCGAAAUUGUGUCCGGUUACGACGCAACAUGCCUCCAUUCCCGCACAUGCAGCGCCUGGUGAAGCACGUCCGUGAGGUCCAUCUGACCAAAACAGUGGGCAAGCAUGUGUUGCCUUCGGAUCGCAGCAAGAAUUUUAUGCCAGCCAAAAGGCAGUCCGUUGCACAGCCACAUCCUUCGACUGUCAAACAGCAGCCAACGACGGUUCCGGUUGCUGCCGGAAGUCCAAGUCCGGCACCUUCCGGUUCCGGGACUGGUGGCAGUACGGCAGCUGCUUCAACUGCUACUGCAGCGGCGGCGUCGCCGGCUGGUCAGACGCAACCCAGUGGCAAUGCAACGGCGACGGCUGCAAACAAUCAGUCAAGUAAUUACAUUCCAGCAUCGUAUUAUAAUUCAGUCGUUCCAGCACCGCCGGCCGAGCCACUGUUCGUCACUGUGCCACCCCGGCCGCAACGGGUGCUCCACUCGGAGGCGUACAUUCGCUACAUAGAAGGCCUCCAGAACAACUCCCAGUACAUUACACCGUGGCAGAAAACGCUGACGGCAACACGGGAGACGGUUCCCAAUCAGGACGCCAGUCGUCUACCGGUCCAUUGGCUCGCUAAGAAAGGUCGCGAGAAACCGGAAGCCGUCAUCGACGCCAUCUGGCAGCUGCGUGGAUUCCUGAUGAAGGACGUCAUACAAUUCGAUCGGUUCUGAAUCUCCAA